AUGACUUAUGUUGAUGGCCUAGGCACCAUCAGCACCAAUCUUCGCAACCGCCUCAGACGAUUCUACGAUGCGCUUGUCUUUCUCUCCAGUCUAAUCGAAGCCUGCAAGGUUAAUGGCCAGACCCGAGCUCAUAACGAAGGAUACGAACCGAGUGAUAACCCAAACAUGGUCCUCGAAUGCUUCAUCAAUAAGCUGGCACAGGUUUGCGAUAAUGUGCCGUUUGGAGACACUGUCACUUCUGUGGCGAUUACUGUCCACAAUUACGAUGGCUUGCUCUACACUUUUGCGUCUAACAGGCAGACUGCUGAAGGCGCCAACAAAGCGAGAGACUUUGUUCGCCGUCUUCUGAACGACAUGGGCCGUGCAUCCUUAGAUCAGGUCAAAGACGAUCCCCAUAGCCCUUUGUUUCACGGGGCGCUUCAGCAGAUUCUGGAGUUCCACGACAAGAGAGUUCAAGCGUAUCGCGAUAAGCUGUUGAAAUCUAUAUCGGCCUGCAUUGUGGACUGCGAUGCCAGUGACUCUAACGAAAUGACAGAGAAUGAUACUCUCGUCCACGCUGCGGCCACUCUACGGGCUUCACUCGUGUAUGAAAACAUUAUUGAGAGAGUCAGGGCAGGCAGAAUGAACGAGUCUGAAAGAUGGUGUGACCUCUCCCACUUUGUCGGGCGUCUCGCUUCAUACUUAGGCAUGGUUCGCGCCAUCAUCAUCGCUCGCAGACGUAUUCCAGAGCUAUUUGAGAAGUUCAACAUUGUUUUCCUGCCGUCUAGCACUCCUUUGCCCAAUCCAAUCACUUGUCUUCAACCUUCGACAAUGACAGCUGCAAAGCGCCGAAGCCUCCGAACGGCCAAGGCGAUUAUCAGCCGCAUGGUUUCCGAAUCCGCAGAAAUAUCUAAAUACCAGGGGUACGCCGAGGAACUCCAGCGCUGCGGCCUGGAUGAGUUGAUCUCCAAGGAGUGCGCAAACGUGUCUUUUCACCCCACUGUUCAUUGCGAGAUUCUCGUUCUUGAUUGGCUGUGUGGACAACAUCCCACUGGAACUGCUUCUAUCCCCUUUUUCCGGGACUUUCGGUAUAUCGGCUGUAGCAAGCCAACGUGCCGCCUCUGCGAAUACUACUUUGCUGCUCAUAGAAGCGGCAUACAAGUUCGCCGGGGACACAAGAACGUCUACCUGAACUGGAUUGUUCCCAACGUCACGCAUGAAAGCCCGGAAUGGGCCAAGGAGAAGGAUAGUCUUAUUGACAAAGUAUUGGGAGGUGUCCGGCGGGAUGCGCUCUCGGCUCUGGAGGAGAAGGUCACUGACCAUAAGAGAUGGGACUCGAACACCUUUUCAUAUCAGCAGACAUUCCAGUCUCUGGCUAGCACGUCUGUCCGUGGCGCCGACCUGGCUUCUGUGAUGAGUCUCUUAUCAAUUGCUGAAGGAGAACCAUCGCGCCGCUUGCAGAGAUCGGUGAUUGUCGAUGAUGACUCUUGGAGCGUUGCAGGCCACGCCGACCAAGAGGCCGAGGACUCUGACGAUGAUGGAGGGGCUUUGCUUUUCUCGGGUAGACGCAGGUGA